AUGGCUCCGUUAAAAUUCAGCAUCUCCGUAUUAUUCAUAAUCUCUUACCUGGUCCUAGUCCGCUGUCUUCGAUGGCGCCGCUAUGACAAACUCCAUAUGAAGUACAUGAAGCGAGACAUCAAUAGCCUUACGAUGCGAGAGGCACAGGAAAUUCUCCAGCUGUCGCUCUUGUGGGACAUGCCAGACCUCGUGAUCUACGCCUACUCAUUCGCCCUCUUCAAGACGUAUGGGAUCCCGACUAUAUCUGAGUUAUUGACCAACACGAAUGAAUUAUCAUGCGAGAGCAGUGUAUCAAAACGGUACUCAGAUGCGAGUGUUUUUCUUUUGUACUUCGCAACUUGGUUGAAUUGCUGCAUCACUGCUAUGGUCGGCCAGCCCGGCGACUCACGAACUGAAACUACCAUUGGAGCCGACGAUCCCAGAGGUGCAAUUGCGCUAGCUCGAGUAAACUGGCUUCAUAGCAAAUAUAAAAUAAGCAAUGAUGACUACCUAUACACCCUGGCCCUAUUCAUUCUCGAACCAAUUACUUGGUGCUCGAAAUGGGGAUGGAGGCCUCUUUCUGACCUUGAGGCCCACGCUAUGUUCGUCUAUUGGCGCAAUAUAGGAGAGAAUAUGCAUAUCAAGGACAUUCCGGAAACUCUUGAUGAGCUUCGUGAAUGGAGUCUAAGCUAUGAGACGACUGCGAUGAUUCCUAGACAAUCCAAUCAUGACCUCGCCGAAGCCACUACUAACGAGCUUCUUGGUACAGUUCCGAACGGUCUUGGUUUGCGCACAAUACUGCGGCAUGUGGUCUGGGCAUUAUUAGACGAGAGAGUUCGGAUAGCAAUGAUGUUUCCUCCACAACAUCAAAUACUUCAUGGCACCAUAUCGAUAUGCCGCAUGGCAUUUAUUCUCUUCGAGAGAUACUGCUGUCUACCGAGAUUUGGUCCACGCCUCUUCGUUAAUGCACCACACAACAUGAAUAUGACGCCAGACGAUGGGUCCUCACUCCCACGCAUGCACCCUGCCUGGUUCGCAGCUCGACCAUGGUAUCGGCGAGAGUCGAACGGGCUGCGGUGGAUGGUAGAAAGGGUGGCUUUGGCGCUAGGGAUGAUAACGGUAUAUAAGAUUCCGAGCAAGGAGUUGAAGAGUCAAGGAUAUAGACUUGAAGAGAUGGUGGGUCAACAUCCUUUAUGUAUGAUAGAGAUUCACUAUGCUGAUACACUAUAUAUUUUAGGGCCCUGUUCGAUUUGA